GACGCCGAGGUUCCACACUCGGGACUCGCAGCCCUGCCCCUCAAGAGCGCUCGCUCCCGCAGCGGCAGCGCCCUGCAGCUCGGCCCCGGCAGCGGCGCGCAGCCAGUGGAGUGGGUGGUGCAGGGCAGGGGCGGUAUAUCCAGUCUGACCGAGGGCGGGUCUCGCCAGUGCCAGCAGAGGGACAAGCCGGGGCGGAGGCGCCAAGAGCCGCCGCCGGGAGCCUCACCAGGACCACUCACUCUAUGGCCCUCGGGAGCCGCUGAGCGCAGCAGAGCCGCGCCCGCCCGCUCGCCCGCCGCCCGCCUGCCGCCCGCCGCCCCUCGCCUCCCCUCUCGGCUCUCGCAGGCCCGGCCCGCGCCUCCCGACGCCAUGAACCACUCGCCGCUCAAGACCGCCUUGGCGUACGAAUGCUUCCCGGACCAGGACAACUCCACGCUGGCUUUGCCGUCGGACCAGAAGAUGAAGACCGGCACGUCGGGCAGGCAGCGCGUGCAGGAGCAGGUGAUGAUGACCGUCAAGCGGCAGAAGUCCAAGUCUUCCCAGUCGUCCACCCUGAGCCACUCCAACCGAGGUUCCAUGUACGAUGGCUUGGCCGACAAUUACAACAACUAUGGGACCACCAGCCGGAGCAGCUACUACUCCAAGUUCCAGGCGGGGAAUGGCUCGUGGGGAUAUCCGAUCUACAACGGGACCCUCAAGCGGGAGAAUGACAACAGGCGUUUCAGCUCCUACAGCCAGAUGGAGAACUGGGGCCGGCACUACCAGCGGGGCCCCUGUCCCACGACCGGCGCGGGCAGUGACAUCUGCUUCAUGCAGAAGAUCAAGGCGAGCCGCAGCGAGCCUGACCUCUACUGUGACCCCCGGGGCACCCUGCGCAAGGGCACGCUGAGCAACAGGGGCCAGAAGACCACCCAGAACCGCUACAGCUUCUACAGCACCUGCAGCGGCCAGAAGGCCGUCAAGAAGUGCCCUGUGCGCCCACCCUCCUGCACCUCCAAACAGGAACCCGUGUAUGUCCCGCCCAUGUCCUGCAACAAGGACCUGUCCUUUGGCCACUCAAGGGCCAGCUCCAAGAUCUGCAGCGAGGAUAUUGAGUGCAGUGGGCUGACCAUCCCCAAGGCUGUGCAGUACCUGAGCUCCCAGGAUGAGAAGUACCAGGCCAUCGGGGCCUAUUACAUCCAGCACACCUGUUUCCAGGAUGAAUCGGCCAAACAACAGGUCUAUCAGCUGGGAGGCAUCUGCAAGCUGGUGGACCUCCUCCGGAGCCCCAACCAGAACGUCCAGCAGGCUGCGGCCGGGGCCCUGCGUAACCUGGUGUUCCGAAGUGUCACCAACAAGCUGGAGACCCGGAGGCAGAAUGGGAUCCGAGAGGCUGUCAGCCUCCUGAGGAGAACCGGGAGCACUGAGAUCCAGAAACAACUGACCGGGCUGCUCUGGAACCUGUCCUCCACUGACGAGCUGAAGGAGGAGCUCAUCGCCGAUGCCCUGCCCGUGCUGGCGGACCGGGUCAUCAUUCCCUUCUCCGGCUGGUGUGAUGGCAACAGCAACAUGAGCCGGGAAAUGGUGGACCCUGAAGUCUUCUUCAAUGCCACGGGCUGCUUGAGGAACCUGAGCUCUGCCGAUGCGGGCCGCCAGACCAUGCGAAACUACACGGGGCUCAUUGAUUCCCUCAUGGCCUAUGUCCAGAACUGCGUGGCCGCCAGCCGCUGUGAUGACAAGUCCGUGGAGAACUGCAUGUGUAUCCUGCACAACCUGUCCUACCGCCUGGACGCCGAGGUGCCCACCCGCUACCGCCAGCUGGAGUACAACGCGCGCAACGCCUACACCGAGAAGUCCUCCACGGGCUGCUUCAGCAACAAGAGUGACAAGACGAUGAACAACAACUACGACUGCCCCCUCCCGGAGGAGGAGACCAACCCCAAGGGCAGCAGCUGGCUGUACCAUUCAGAUGCCAUCCGCACCUACCUGAACCUCAUGGGCAAGAGCAAGAAAGAUGCCACCUUGGAGGCCUGCGCGGGGGCCCUGCAGAACCUGACCGCCAGCAAGGGGCUGAUGUCCAGCGGCAUGAGCCAGUUGAUUGGGCUCAAGGAAAAAGGCCUGCCCCAAAUCGCUCGCCUCCUGCAAUCUGGCAACUCUGACGUGGUGAGGUCCGGAGCCUCCCUCCUGAGCAACAUGUCCCGCCACCCUGUGCUGCACCGCGCGAUGGGGAACCAAGUAUUCCCAGAGGUGACCAGGCUCCUCACCAGUCACACUGGGAACACCAGCAACUCAGAAGACAUCCUGUCCUCGGCCUGCUACACUGUGAGGAACCUGAUGGCGUCCCAGCCGCAGAUGGCCAAGCAGUACUUCACCAGCAGCAUGGUCAACAACGUCAUCAACCUGUGCCGUAGCAGUGCCUCACCCAAGGCUGCAGAAGCUGCCCGCCUCCUCCUGUCUGACAUGUGGUCCAGCAAGGAACUUCAGGGAGUCCUCAGACAGCAAGGCUUGGAUAGGAACAUGCUGGGAAGCUUAGCCGGGCCCAACAGCCUCAGGAACUUCACCUCCCGAUUCUAAGAAGGGGCUGCCCCAGCAAGUACAGAUCGCAGAAAUCAUACAACCCAGCUGAGACGACCUCAGGCCUUGCUGGAAGGGUGAUUCUGCGCACCCUGUGCAGUUUUGGAAAAGUUCCACUGCAAUUGAAAGCAAACCUCAAACUGUGGCUAAUGGAAAUAUUUUUAGAUUUUUUUUUUUCCUUGGGGGAACUGGCAGGCAAGGGGGGUUGGGAAGGGUGGGCGGGGGGACUUUCCUUGACUUAAAGGGGCUUAUGUUUCAUGUCAAUACUUCUUUCGCUGAGAAAUGGUAUGUAUAUAUAUAUGUAUAAUGUAAGUGUGUGUGUGUGUGCACGCGCGCAUGCUUGUGCGUGAGUGCCUAAAAGCACGACCACAAACUUCAAGAAGCUAAGUAAGCCGCUUCUGCCGCUGAUGAGGUGGUCAAAAGGACUCUCACUCUCCCACAUUUCCUCCACGACUUGCGCUCUUGGUUGAGCUGUCCAUAGUUCCCAAAAUGUGUCAUGCCAGGGCAAGGGGCCCGUACCAGGGUCGGGUCCACGAGAAGCCUCGAGGGAACCAUCCCUGGGGCAAGGGGAGGUGGGAGGGGGGCGUAACUGGGGCCGGGGUCCUGCCGGAAGGGAGGCUGGCAGGGUUGUUGAAGUUCAGCUCAUGGGAAACUUUAGUUGUCUGAUCACGCCUCCCUUCCCGUAGGGCCACAGGACCUGGGGCUGGAUGGGGUUGGGGCUCCAGGGGACGGGCAAGGACGGUCACGCUUGCUUUGCUAUCUGAAGUCUGCUCUGGGGGCGUAGGAGCCAGAGGGAUGGGACUGGCCAUGGUCUUGGGCUGCACACCUGUCAGAGGGGGCUCAGCCUACAAAGCCCCAGCCUUCAGGGGCUUGUCUGUUUGUUUCGGGAGAAAGAAGGCAAAAUGGUGCUCAAAGCCAAAGAGCUAUUUGGAGAAUGGCUGUUAGGUCUUCAUAUCCCUGGUGGGGAGGGGGACAGGCUGGGUUGGACAGGCAGCCGUGCCAGGCUCCUGUGGGACAGCUGGCGGCUUAGAAGUUAACCAGGAGCUGACUUCCCUGCUGAGACCCAAGAGAGGGAGUAUUCUGGGUCUCAGGAGACUUGGAAGAUGGAAAUUUGGAUAGACCAGGAAAGGAAGCUGUCACUUCAGGGCACCA